AUGAUGUUCCACCGCCUCCAGAAGGCAGUGACGACAUCAGUGGACUGUCAGCCAGGAAGGGCUCGCAGGCAGAUCAGGGUGCUCGACGCGCUGGACGCUGCGAAGACACAGUGGUAUCACUUCACGGCGGUGGUAAUCUCCGGCAUGGGCUUCUUCACAGACGCCUACGACCUCUUCUGCAUCUCCCUCGUCACCGACCUCCUCGGCCGCAUCUACUACCACAAUACGGCCUCUGACGACCCUGGCUCGCUCCCUAAACGUGCCGCGGCUGCCGUCAAAGGCAUCGCGCUUCUUGGCACCAUGUUCGGGCAGCUCUUCUUUGGUGUACUUGGUGACAACAUGGGACGGAAGCGCAUAUAUAGCGUCACCCUUGUACUCAUGGCUGUCUGCUCCAUCGCCUCCGGCCUCUCAUUCCACCACACGCCAACGACGGUUGUGACAACGUUGUGCUUUUUCCGCUUCUGGCUCAGCUUCGGUAUCGGUGGUGACUACCCGCUAUCAGCCACUAUCAUGACGGAGUAUGCCAACAAGAAGACCCGUGGUGCGUUCAUGGCCGCUGUAUUUUCCAUGCAGGGAUUGGGAAAUCUCGCUGCUGGUGUUGUUGUAUUAACAGUCUCAGGGAGCUUCAUGAACACACCGACCUACACAGCUGACAUGGUUGGAACGGCUGACUACGUGUGGCGCAUAGUUCUAAUGUUUGGCGCCAUACCAGCUCUCCUCACGUUCUACUGGCGCAUGAGAAUGCCCGAGACAGCGCGCUACACGGCUCUAGUUGGCAGGAACUUAAAGCAAGCUGUCUCCGAUAUGAACAAGACCAGCUGGUUUGGCGAUGCAAAGAAGGAAGGCAUACUGGAGCAGACACACAAAAUUGCCAAGAUACAAGCGCUUAUUGCAGUCAGUGGCACCCUUCCAGGCUACUUCUUCACCAUCAUGUGCGUCGACAGCAUAGGACGUAUUGCCAUCCAAUUGAUGGGGUUCACCAUAAUGACCAUCUUUAUCCUAGUCUUAGCCGCCAUGAACUUCUCGAAAAAGGCUGGAAGUCAUUUGCCCAUUGGAUUCACCGCCGUCGUGUACGGAUGCAUCUUCUUCUUCGCGAAUUUUGGUCCUAACUCCACCACCUUCAUUGUGCCAACUGAGAUCUUUCCAACACGACUGCGAUCUACGUGCCAUGGCAUCGCUGGUGCAGGGGGGAAGGCUGGAGCAAUUGUUGGAGUAAUGUUGUUCCUCUAUGCUGGGAACAGCAUCCCACUCAAACUGCUGAUGCUUGCUGGUUGCAACCUAGUUGGCAUUGUAUUCACUGUUUUUUUGCCAGAGUCCAAACGAAUGUCCCUCGAGGACAUCACUGGCGAGAUACAGGAAGAGAUGGAACACGAACCUGAGCAAUGUUAA